AUGGUCAACGUGGUUGGCAUCCUCACGGCCGUCGCCGCGCUGGCCUCUGUCACCGGCGCCGCCCCCGUCGAGGCAAACACCGACAAGCCCACCUGCGCGUCGGGCGUCUACCUGAUUGUCGCGCGCGGGACCGGCGAGGCCGUCGGCAAGGGCAAGCCCGGGCAGGUGGCGGACCUUGUGGCCAAGCGGGUGCCCGGGUCGUUCAGCGUGGCUGUCGACUAUCCGGCGACGGCCAUUAAGCGCCGCAGCAGCAGCGUGAGCAGCGUGAGCAGCGUCUUCAGCCGCGCACUGUACCCGUUCUCCGUGGCUAGGGGCAUCAACGACACCAAGAAGAAGAUUCAAGACUACGUCGCGCAGUGCGGAACCUCGAGCAAGAUUGCCCUCGUCGGCUUUAGCCAGGGCGGCAACGUCAUGACGGACCUUCUCGCCGGCGGCGUCCUCAAGCCCGCGCCUCUAGACCCCAGGUAUUACAAGAACAUCAUUGCCGUCACAGUCUUUGGCGACCCUACCUUUGCCCCCAACCAGGCCUACAACUACGGCACAAACGCCAACGGCAGCGGCGGCGGCAUCUUUUCGCGCGAAAACAACGCCGGCGAGCUGGCCAAGCUCAACGUCCUGGCGGACAAGAUUGCCAGCUACUGCGACAUCGACGACCUUGUCUGCGCCUCGGGCGCCAGCUCCGAGGUGCACAGCAACGAGGUGGCCGCGCACGCCCAAGAGGCGGCCGACUUUAUCGUGGCUCGUGCCCGCUGA